GCUUUUUGUUCUGCGGCACUGGAGCCAUUUGAUAUUCUUGCUAGUGAUUGUUUUGAUUUCCGUUGUUUUUAGAUGUGCUAUGCACGAAGUGGAGUUGACGUUCUCAGUAAGCAUGGCUGUUUAUUUGUUGGUGUAAAUGACAUCUGGACAUCGACCAUGCCACUAGAAGUGAGUUGGCCCUUUCCACAACGGCCCUGGCUACCUUGGAGGAUCACCAGCACUGUCAUUAUGGGUCUAGUGGGCUCAUACAGCCGCUUUUGGACAAAAUACAUGAACUACCUCACUGUGCACAAUGAAGAAGUCCUCUAUGACUUGAUUGAUAACAGACCUCCUAAUACUCCUCUGAUAACCAUGUCGAACCAUCAGUCUUGCAUGGACGAUCCUCAUCUUUGGGGUAUUCUGAAGCUGCGACAUAUUUGGAACCUAAAGAAAAUGAGAUGGACACCAACUGCAGCAGACAUAUGCUUCACAAAAGAGCUUCAUUCUAAAUUCUUUAGCAGAGGGAAAUGUGUCCCUGUCUGCAGAGGUGAUGGUGUAUAUCAGAAAGGAAUGGAUUUUAUUUUGGAAAAGCUGAAUUGUGGGGAGUGGGUACACAUAUUUCCUGAAGGAAAAGUGAAUAUGACUCAAGAGUUUAUGAGACUAAAAUGGGGCAUUGGACGCUUGAUCUCUGAAUGUAAUUUGAGUCCAGUCAUACUACCUCUUUGGCAUAUUGGAAUGAAUGAUGUUCUUCCGAAUGAGCCCCCUUAUAUUCCACGAUAUGGAAAGAGAAUAACUGUACUUAUAGGAAGACCCUUCACAGUGAAGCACCUUAUGGAGUCUAUGAGAUCUGAAAAUAAAUCACCGGUAGAAAUGCGGAAAGCUUUGACAGACUAUAUCCAGGAGGAAUUUCAGUCCUUGAAAGCACAAGCAGAAACUUUUCAUUAUCGGCUGCAGACAUCCAGAAGAUAAACAUACAACAAUGGAGACUAUGCACAUUAUCGUAAAUUAUAGCAAAAUGUUUGAAGGGUUCAUUACAAUGAAGUAGAUGAAAAUUGUUUUGUUAUGAGCACUUUACUGUUUGUCUAAAAUCGUCUUUAUGCAUUUAUUGUGCUUUGUAAAGUUGAGUUUUCACCAGUGCUUUUUUAGCAGAAAUAAUCGACCCUCUACAUCAUGUUCUACAUUCAGUAAAACACACAGAAUGUUUGAGUGUUGAAACAUGUCCAUCUGUUGUCCUAAUUCAAAAAAAUUGUGCAGAAAAACUAAGCUUCACAUAAAAUUUCAGUAGCCUUUCCAAACAAUCUCAAAAUUGAAGAUUUCAUUUUUUCACAGAUACUGACUUAAUGUCUAUAUUCUAAUAUUACAUAUUCCAAAAGGUGUAUGUUGCUACUGUAUUUUCUGCUUCCUUCUAUACAUUUUUAAAUUGAUGAGGCUUCAUAUACUUUUGUAGUUUGCAAAGGAGUAUAAACUGGCCAAAUCAGCUGGUCAGUUUUGAUCAGCCAUAUUAAUUUUCUGAAAUCUAUUAAAAAUCCUAUUCUGUCAAAUAAUUUGUAUACCCUUUUUUAUGAAGGAAUAUAUUAUUGCACAUUGGCUAAAAUGUUCACUUGCAUUCAUACCUUCAUACAGUAAUAUUCUUUUAACAGUUUGAAUGUUUGUCAAAUAUGUAAAAUACUUUUCUGAAAGAUUUUUUGAAAUAUUUUAAAUGUUUUUAUCAUUUUUGUAGAAUAUUUAAAACAUUUUUAUAUGUUGAUCAUCAAUGCCAUUCUUCAUUUUAAUCUUGAGUCUAAGUCUUUUAAAUGAGACAACGUCAAAUGGAAUAAAAGGACCUACUAUGAGUUACUAACUAGUUUGAUAACUUUAGCAUGUAAUUUAAAGAGAUAUUUAUUAUGGUAAGAUGAUUUUUUGUUAAUAAUUUUGAAAAUCUUUAUGUAUUUGCUUACUUGUUCUCUGAGACUAUUAUUAUUGUGCUACUACUUUAGCAUAAAAUGCCAAAAGAGGCAGCAUUUGACUUCUCGAAAUACUGUCAGUGUCUUGGGUCAUUUAAAAGUAGAACCAAACAUUUGGAUGUGUGUUUGGACUAAACAGUCAUUUGUCUACAGUAAAGGCAGAGCCGAGGUGUUUGAAAAUCUUUGCAUUUCUUGCACCUCACUUUUACUUAAGUGGGUUUUAUAUACAUAAAUGGGCAUCAAGUCCUGCAGAACACUGUAAGCCAACCAAGCAUUAGUAUUAGGUUUCUGUUGAACUUUUAAAAAGCUCCUAUAUGUACAUGUUACCAAUGCUUGGCCUCUUCAGAGUAAUGUCCUCAAGUUCACAGUCAUCUAUUUUAUGUACUGUGUGCCUUUCCAUAUUGCUGAGGCCUCACACCACAAAAUAUCUUAGUUCAAUGAUUUGCACUGUGGAGAACGGCUGGUGGCCAAUCGGAAGCCUGCAACAUCUGGCUGAGAUAAGGAGUUCUCCUCCUAUUAGCUCACACUGCAAGGAGACCACUUCUGAGCCAGAUGUUGCAGGUUUGCUACUGACCACCAGCCGUUCACCACAGAGCAGAUCUUAAAACUAAGGUGCAUCUUGGUGCAAGUCCACAGCAAUUCACUUUUCUUGGUAACUUUUUUUGACAAUAAGUAGCUAAGGAUUGAUUCUAUUAUUUAUAUUUUCCCAUGAUUACAGCAUGGUGGUGCAGUUGUUAGUGUUACCACCUCACUACUUCAGUGACCUGAUUAAGUUGUAUUCUUUGUUUAGAUACUGUUACAUUAAUUGGUUACCCUACACUGGUGCCUGUGCUUGGUCACUGACUGACUUGCCAUCCCUGGCUGGUUCUUGUCCUCCAUUCAUCUCGGUGAAAAACAUUGUGUCAGAAUAUUAGUGAAUGGUAAUGGAACAUUGACCGUGAGUGUUAAACAUUUCUUACAUCUGUUUUUGAGUUGGUUUGUAGUAAUUUGUUAGAGAAUCUUUAAACUGAUCAUAAGAGAGCAUACUUUGAAUUCUUUAACUCUUUCACUUUGGAUGAAUAAUGAAAACAUGACAAUGGAACUGAAUAAAUAUUUUAUCAGUAGGAUUUCUCUUAAUAGGUCAACAUGUUUUUGUACUGCACAUACCAUCCACAUUAUUUGACCAUUAUCUUAGAGUCCUUGUCCAGAUAUUAUUUUUUAAUUAGUAUAUUUUUAUAUUUAUAAUCUUUUUUUAAUAAAAUAUAAACUUUUUAAUUAGAUGAUUACUUAUUCAGUAUAAUUGGCUUAAAUAUGGAUAUUUGUAUUUUACUGUGUGCUGGGAUAUAUUAGAAAAAAAAUAAUGAGCUUAUUAGCGCUAUUUUCUGUUGAACACAGUAAAUGAUUAUUUUUAAAACAGCUGGGGUCUGUUCAUUGACAUUUGAUUUGGUCUAACCAUGUAUUUAUUAUAAGUAAAAUUCUUUGCUCUCUUUAAAGGUCAUUUGUAUUACCAGUUUGCCUUAAAAAUCAUACAUUUGCACUUCCUGUAGCUCUAAUUCCAUUGCACCACAAAGUGCAGGACACAAAGUUUAAACUGAACAGGUGAGCAGCUCCAAAGGAUCUUAGGUGGUGGCAUUUUGACAAUUACUGUGUUUUAGUAACUUGAAAAGAGAUGUUGUAUUUAGGUUCCUGCUCUCUGCUUCCCAAAAUACUAAUGUUACUGUGUAUGUGAUGUUUUGUGCACAAGAAUUCUCUUGUAUGUCUAAGUUACUUUGCUGUAUGCAUGAGUUAUUUUCACAUACAGUAUAUCUAUAAAGUAAAAGCUCCCUUAUGCUUUCUUGGCAUCUGAGCUUUUAUAUUUAAGAAUAACAAAUUACAUGUGUUUUUUUAUUUGGUUGCCGACACUGACAGGCUGGUAGUUGGUUAGUGCUGUUGUCUUGCAUUUCCAGACACAGGUCUGGUGAAAAUCAGAGUGUUGCACAUCGCUCCUACCUUGACUUUCUUCCGGCCAUUCCAGUUUCCCAUCAACUGUAAAUUUUCAGUCAGAUGGUGACAACAUUUUAAUUGUCUUGGUAUGACUGACAGUGGUGAGUGUGAUGGCCUGGUGUCCUCUCCAGGGCUGGCUCCUUUCUUAUUUCUAGCACUGCCAGCCAUAUGCUCUGGAAACAUGAAAUCUGGACUUAAAAAAAGACUGAAAAAUUAAUAAUGUGCACACUGAUACUGUGAAAACUUAUGUACUGUAUUCUUUGUUGUGCUAUAUACUUAACCUUUAAACUUCAAAGGGGUCUGGCAGUGCUUUGCAUAUUCCUUUUUCAAUAUGCGUCAAUUUCGAAAUUCUACCAUUGCUGUUUAGUCCUCAUACAGUCCAAUGACAAUAUUUUAUACAAUGACAUGUUAAAGAGGCUAGCACUCAAUCAAUAUCAUGCACUCUAUGAAAAAUUUUUGGUGUGUAAACUGUCAUUUUAUUAAAUCACAGAAUGCAGUAACAGUAUGUGUGAUGUGAUGAGCCUUGUUUAGAUUUUUUAUAUACUGUAUUAAUUUUUUUGUUUUGACUUGGAUCUUUGGACGAUUGUUACAUUUAAUGUCUGUAAAUAAAGCUGUGACUUUUA